AUGGCUGAAGAACCCCAGCGGACCAUCAUUUCUGUGGUUGGCAUGGGUGGUUCAGGAAAGACUACCCUUGUUGCCAACACUUUCAACAAACAAAGUGUUAAACAGCAUUUUGAAUUUUGCUCUUGGAUCACUGUCUCCCAACAAUAUGCAAUUGAAGAGUUGUUUAGAUCCAUGGUAAAAGAUAUCUACAAACAGAAAAAUGAAGAAGUUCCGAUGCAUGUUGAUACCAUGACCUAUAGAGCAUUAUUGGAGACUUGUGCAGUUCUUGCAGUCAAGAAGGUGCCUUGUUGUCUUAGACGAGGUGUGGAGCAUCAAUUCUGGCAGGAGAUCAGUAUUGCAUUUCCUGAAGGUAUGUGCGGAAGCAGGGUCAUGGUUACUACUCGAAGAGAAGAUGUAGCACCUCUUCAACCUACGUUUGUAAGUUAUGUGCACCGAAUUCUACCCCUCAGAGAUAAUGAUGCUUGGGAAUUUUUCUGUAAGAAAGCUUUCCCAAACGAGCUAGGAUGGUGUCAGUCGCAUCUUGAUUCAUUGGCAAGAAACCUAGUUGAAAAAUGUGAAGGCCUGCCGUUGGCUAUUGCGACUCUAGGUGGUAUGAAGUCUUCAAAGAAGUCGAUAUCCGAAUGGAAGAGAGUGCGUGAUAAUUUGGCUUGGGAGCUAAGCAACAACCCUUCACUUGAACUAAUGAGAACUAUCUUACUGCUUACUUACCAUAAUCCGCCUUUCCAACUCAAACAUUUCUCCUUGUACUCCCUUUUACCAGAAGAUUAUGAGAUUAGGCGAAAUAGAAUUAGUAGACUAUGGAUGGCAGGAGUUUUAGAAAUGGGUAACGACAUACUACCAGAAGCAGUUGCUAAAAGCUAUAUAAUGGAACUUAUUAGCCGAAAAGAAAGUUUUCUUGCUGCAUGCGAUGGAGAAAAAGGAGAAGAACAAAGAGGAAAUCAUCGCUGCUCAAUCCAAGUGAAGGAUAAAGAAAUAAAGACAGGAAAUGGUACAUCACAACUUCGUUCCUUGAUCAUUUUUGUUGUUGAUGAAACUUGUAAAUUCAAUGAAUUGCCAUCUGGUUUAAAAUUGUUAAGAGUGCUGGAUUUAGAAGAUGCUCCAAUCGAUGAACUACCCAUCUUUACUCCCAAAAUUGAGAAGCUUCCGAAUGAAAUUGUGAAGCUGCAAAAUUUGAGGCAACUAAACGCUUCCUACUUGACAAAGAGAGAACUGAAAUAUUUCCUUGAGGAAAUUUGGAGCAUAGUUGUACCCCAAAUAUUUGCAUUGCCUAAUUUGUUGAAACUUAAUCUUUCCAAUAACGCAUUUGUAGAAGAGCGACUGUGUUUGGUUGAAGGGUUCAAAAAGCUUCAAUAUUUAAAUUUACGCCAAUUCCCUCAGCAGAAAGAGAUUGUGAUAGAGACUAGGGUGAUGCCUGGGCUCAAGGACUCAAAAUCUUCAAAUGCAAGGAGCCGAUUCGAUUGUCAUACAGAUGUUCGAAUGAAUUGGUGGAGAGCAUAUGCGGAAAAGGAAACUGCUCCCAUCUACACCACACAUCUUACUCACCAGAACUGA